AUGGCGGCUUUCGAAGAAUCAGUCGUAUUGCGAGAACAUUCACUUGUCUCCCGUUCAACAACGCCUUUAUCUAUCUAUCUAUCUAUCUAUCUAUCUAUCUAUCUAUCUCAUGCCAUUCAUUAUCUAUGUAUCUUUCAUGGGCCAUAUCAUUAUCUAUAUGCCAUUCGGCAUCAAUGUUCAUGGGUUGUUCAUAUCUAUCUAUCUGUCUGUCUGUCUGUCUGUCUGUCUCAUGCUACUCGGUAUCUAUGUAUCUAUCCUGGGUUGUGCAUAUCUAUAUAUCUAUCUAUCUAUAUCAUGCCUUUCGGCAUCAAUGUAUCUAUCAUGGGUUGUUCAUAUCUAUCUAUCUAUCUAUCUAUCUAUCUAUCUAUGUAUCUAUCUAUCUAUCUGUCUGUCUGUCUCAUGCUACUCGGUAUCUAUGUAUCUAUCCUGGGUUGUGCAUAUCUAUAUAUCUAUCUAUCUAUAUCAUGCCAUUCGGCAUCAAUGUAUCUAUCAUGGGUUGUUCAUAUCUAUCUAUCUAUCUAUCUAUCUAUCUAUCUAUCUAUCUAUCUAUCUAUCUGUCUGUCUGUCUGUCUGUCCCAUGCUACUCGGUAUCUAUGUAUCUAUCAUGGGCUGUUCAUAUCUAUCUAUCUAUCUAUCUAUCUAUCUAUCUAUCUAUCUAUCUGUCUUUUUGCUUGUCUGUCUAUCAAUCUCAUACCAUUCGUUAUCCAUGUAUAG